AUGCCAGUCUCACUUCGCAAGCGACUAUACUGCCAUUAUUGCGGCAAGAAAUCCAACCAGACAAAUCUACGCAGGUUCCAGUGUGAGCAUUGCCUUGCGGUCAAUUACCUUGACGAGAACGGCGAGAUCACCGACCCUCCCGCUGAGGUUACUGGCACUUCCGCGCAGUAUGCGAGACUCGCGCCAGUCGCUUCCAACAGUAUCUUCUGCAACACCUGCCUGAAGAAUCAAGAUAUCCUUGCCCGUCUCAUUGCCGACUACAUUCCCGAUGAAGACGAUCCAAACUACCAUGCUGCCGUUGCCGGCCUCGGCGCAUUUCGCGAGCGCAUUGAACAGGACUACCCCCAGUGCUGUGCCCUCUGCGAACCUCGAGCACAAGCCCAAUUACGAGCGGCAACCAAGACGGCAAAAUCAGACAAUAUGCUCCGGAAUUUGCAAAAGACGCGUCUGAAGCGGGCAGGCCAAUCGCUUGAAUGGAGACCGCUUGUUAUAACCGGUGCUGGCUUUGGUUACUUCGCCAGCAACUUCACUCAACUUCUCUGGCAUUUUCUCGGUGCACAAGGUGGCUCCCAACCGAUGUUCAGGAGUGCUCUACAGUGCUUGACCGGGUGGCCGGCUCCUAUGAAAUGCCAGGAGGAAGCGUCGGCCCUUCUCCCGGUAGCGAUGUUCGUCGGCUUUGCUUGCAGCUGGUGGAACCCUAAGUGGAGGCACAAGCUCGAAGCAAGAGAAGGCAGGCUGGUCGGACUCGGGGAGUACUACGCCAUCCAAGUCCUUGUCCUGGUCUGCAGAAUGGUCGCAUGGACUGUGUUGACCGAUUUUGCCAUCGAGGCGCGACUUCGAACCAUGAUCCAUUGCAUAUCGCUCAUUGUCCUUCUGAUCCUGACCGUCUCUGGGCUCUUUGUGGUCAAGCUCGAUAGUUCUCCCCUCAUCAACUGGGAGUAUCAGCCUCCAAGACUUGUCUCGGAAUCACAGUUCGCGCCUCCCCCCGCCCAAGAAGCGCCUUCUUUUCCCGUCAACAAUCUCGCCGCUCCUCCGCAGCAGCAUCUGCGCCCAUGGAGGCCGCCGACUCCCCCUACCGAGAACGCGGACGCAAUGGACUGGACGCCUUCUCACUCCUUCAAGCCUCGACAGCUGAAACCUCGCGAUGCCGGCACAUCGCCCUUUCAUGGCAAGCUACCGACUCUGUCUGGUGGACUGCGAAAUCAAGAGACGAAGCAAUCCAUUGGUCUACCGCCAGGUUUCUUCGACAAGCGUGAUCCGCUUUCGGCCAAAGGGCCGCCUCAACUAAUUCUAGCUGAGCCGAAAUUCUUUCCAGCCACGGUUGAUACGGGUCUAGAAAACAUGUUCGGCCAAGUCUUCUCUUUGGCAGACACUGGUCGGCACCCUGCCCCAGCAAAUCCGGGCUUUGCGCAAGUCCCGUCAAGUCGAGAGUCUUACGCAACACCGGUCGCUCGGACUCCGGAGUCGACUGCCUCGACGACCUCGAACAUCGCACUGUUCUCAGCUGCUAUGCUCUUCAUUCUCCUGGUCGCAUGGCUCCUGUCCGGGCAUCUGCUCAUUGCCAUACCUGACCUUCGAGUCUAUGUUCUGGGCUGUGCGGCGCUUGUUCCGGCAUUCCGGAUCAUCAACCCCGUUGUUAUACCCUCGAUCACGUUUCUUGGGGAGACCGUGACCAUUGGCGCGCUGGCCGCGAUGGUCACUACUGGGGAGAACGAAGCCAUCGUCAAGCUUGGCGCUGGAGCUCUGGCGUUCCUCGUCGCUCAGGAACUGUUCUUCUUGUCGCAGCGCCCUCAAUCGCCGUCCUCAUCCGGAAAGCCAACAGCUUUGCUACCACAGAGCCCUUCGCAGCUGGCUGAGCGGCCGACGGAGCCAAACGGAUCGCGGCCACAAGCGGCCAUGUCGCCCGCGCUCGGCUUCGACCGCAAGGGAUCAGGCGAUACCAUGUCCAGCGAAGCGUCAAAUUCAUCCACGUCUACUGCUCCGGACUGGAAGACUCCGAAGAUCGCGCGAACCUCCAGGCGUCGCGAAUCAAAUUUUGGCAUGAACGGUCUGAGACUGUGA